AUGACUGGAGCACGCGACCAGACAGAUUCAUCAACAACUCGCCCAGCUCUGAACGUCUUGCCUGCCGAAGACGGGAGCGGGUCUGCUCAAGGUGCCCGUACUGCCUCGUCUGCAACAGGUCCCUCCAAGAAGCGUAGACAUCGUGGUGGAAAGAAGAGAAGGAACAGAAGACAGUCGUUCGCCGCUCCUCCCUCCGAAACCUCGGGUAUAGCUAGCAACAUGGACAACAUCAUCGACGAAGAGGAACAAGAUAGUGGUCCCAUGCGACCAGGGGAGUCGUUCUACAAGAGAAAAAGUAACAGGAGCACUGAAAGUGUGGAUAGCGACGCGUUACUUGAUCAUCGUAAUCAUCAACCUAUGCGACAAAGAAGGGAGAGUCGUCUCAAUGUGCUUGCUGCUCAGAGGGCUGGUGCCAGUGCGAGACAGCGUAGUCACGAUAGCCGUCACCACGCUCGUCGAAGAACUGUUUCUAGACACUCAGAUGAGUCUGAUGAAGACGAUCCGACCGACCGAACCCCCUUGAUUUCUGAGAGCCAUCGAAGUCCAGUCAUUCAAUCUGGAUAUGACAAUCUUCCUUACGACGUCAAUAACCCGCCCUCUGUUCCUGGUAGUCCACAUGUUGGGGCAGCCGAUGACCCCAUGAUGCCUGAACCCGGCUUCUUGAAAAGAUCUUUGUCGAGCUCUCGAAACAUCAAGAACAAAUUCGCUGGAGAUGCUUUGAUCGACAUUGACAGACAGGAACUGUUGGAUGGCGACCCAAAUUCAGCUCCACCAAGCCCUCGACUUGCUCCAGAAGGCAUGACCCGCCAUAAACGUGCAAUGACUUAUGGUCCUGAUGCGGAUGUUUGCUUUCCUUCUGAGGCCAUGUCCGAAAUGGCAGAGGAGGACUUUGAACAAACUGGUUCUAGGGACGAAACCAACUACAGUCGUCCACGGAGGAGGAAGCGAGAAUGGCCACAGCUUUGGGUACUGGACGAAUGGUCUCGGGAAGAGAAGGAGGACAGGGCCGCAGAUCAACGCCGAAUGAGACGUAUCAACGAGCCUGUCAUGGUUGAAGGCAGAUUACGUCCUUCUAAGCCCAAAGCUUGGCAUCGAGACGAGGAGGCCGCUCCUUUGCGCUAUACUUACUUCAAUGAAGAAUUCGAGAGCACAAUUCACGCGGCCACAAUCUCCGAACUGGUUCCAGAAGGUGGUUGUUUCAGGGAGCUGUUCAUCCCCGAGCCACCCGAGUUAGAUGAGUCAAGCUCGAGUGAAUCCGAUGCUGACUUAAGCUCGAUUCCUGCCCCUCUCAAUGGUGCAAAGUCGUCAGGCGUUACCAGUCCCAAGAAUGGAGAAGGCGAAUCUGGUCACCUUCAAUCCCGACUAAGCCAAGUUAGCACUCUUCAACAGCGAUCUCAAUCUCAAGAACCAUCUCAACUCGAGUCGGCUCGCCACACCCGCCAGCAGGGCAAGUCGAGCUCGGGUUCUCGUGCGCCCAGCAAGGCUCGUUCAAUUGACCAUGGCGAACUUGCACAACAGAACGCUGGAUCUACUUCCGCACCAAAGAAGAAGGAAAAGCCAACGAAGUAUGGCCCUCGUCCUACCUUUUGGCUCGAUGUGAUGUCGCCCACCGACGCCGAAAUGUCUGUCCUUCAGAAGGCCUUUGGAUUGCAUCCACUGACCAAAGAGGAUAUUCUUAUGCAAGAAGCCCGAGAAAAGGUGGAGUUGUUCAAGAAUUACUACUUCAUCAAUUAUCGUACCUUUGAGCAAGAUACUGAAUCCGAGGACUAUCUCGAACCAGUCAAUGUGUACAUCGUCGUCUUUCGAUAUGGCAUCCUCACUUUCCAUUUCGGACAAAUACCACAUCCCGCAAAUGUCAGACGGAGAAUCAGACAACUCAAGGACUAUCUUAUCCUUUCUUCGGACUGGGUAGGCUACGCCAUGAUCGAUGAUAUCACUGAUGCUUACGUGCCUAUGAUCCACAAUAUUGAGGUUGAAGUUGAUGACAUCGACGAGUCUGUGCUGGAUUACACCCCAGGUGCUUUUGCAGUCAACAAAGACGCGACUGGCGAUGAGAAGCUAAAGAAAGAGAACAACGAGAAGAAUGGUAUUAAGGAUGACAAAUCUAGUACGUUCUCAUUCUCAUUGCCGUUCGGUAAAGGAGAAGAUAAGCGGGAUACUAGUGGAUACGACAUGCUGCGUCGAGUGGGUGAGACCAGAAAGAAAGUCAUGAGCCUUUACCGCCUACUCGGAACCAAGGCAGAUGUGAUUAAAGGUUUCGCAAAGCGAUGCAACGAGCAAUGGGACGUUGCACCCAAAAGUGAAAUUGGUCUCUACCUUGGCGAUAUUCAGGACCACAUCUUAACCAUGACUUCCAAUCUUGGCCACUACGAAACUCUGCUUAGUCGAGCACACAGCAAUUACCUUGCGCAGGUCAGCAUCCGCAUGAACGAGCGAUCCGAGCAGACCGGUGAUGUCUUGAGUAAGUUGACUGUCUUUGGUACGAUUGUCUUGCCGAUGAACAUCAUCUGUGGUAUGUGGGGUAUGAACGUCAAGGUACCUGGUCAGGAUGUCGAUAGUCUGUGGUGGUUCUGGGGCAUCACUGGCUUCUUGUUCGUUUUCGCUCUUGGAUGCUACCUGUUAUGUAAGAAACUCUAUGGAAUCGUGUAA